AUGGCUAUGCGACCAGAGAUUAUAAGCCAAAUGGCAGAGAAGGAACCCUCGGAGAAUUGUAACAGGAAGCAAGUCAAACAACUGAUUUCUGUUCCAUUUCUUUGGGAAGAAAAACCAGGAACACCCAAGAAAGACUGGAGACCUGGUGCUCUAUCCAUUAACCCAGUUGCCCCACCACCAUUGAAACUAAUUGCCUCAGUUCCUUUCGACUGGGAAGAAAAGCCAGGAAAACCACUUCCCUGCUUCUCACAGCCGCCACCAGAGUCAGCAAUUGUGCUCCCACUGGCAAAAAUCAGCAAUUGUACUCCCACUAAGGGCAGUGAGCACAGCUCGGCUUAUAGUCAUAAUGAUGAGGAUGACAAUGAUGAUGAUGGCCAAGAUGGAUCGAUUUUUGAGUUGGAGCUUGAAGCAAGAGGUUUUGAAACAGAUGAGUCCUUUAGCUCAGCUCCCUCUCUAUUAGCCAAUCGCCUGGUAUCAACAGUAGCAAUUUCAAGUGCUGUUCCAGAUCCAGUACAGCAAACUUUCCCGUUGGAAAGUAACAGUGGCCAGCUGCAAACCCCUCCUUCACCAGCUUCUGAAACAGACAGUAGUACAAGGAGCUAUGCAACUGGAACUACAAGCCUAGUUGGAACAUCUUUCUUGGAGUGCCUCUUUCCAUUGUUAUCACCCCAUUCAAGUUUCCUUGACAAAGUUGGCUGCCCUGCAAUGGACUUGUUCCAUGUCCCACAAAAGGUACUCAGUAAGAAUAUUGAUCGCGAAAAUGAUUGCAGUGCUGUGAUAAGGCGGCCACCAACUCUUGGAGAGCUGAUAAUGAUGAGCCGGAGAAGAAGUUACAUAAGGAAAGCAGUUCAAAUGCGAAGAAAGAGUCCUUCAAUGCAACAGGAUUGGACAAAUGCACAGGAAGUGGAAGAGGCAGUCACAGCUGAAACUGAUGUAGAAAAAAUGCCUUUUCUUGCUUACGGUGCAGAUUCCUGA